AUGUCCAAUCUUCCCUAUGCCGCUGAUGCGGAAAGUCCCUUGAAACCCGCCGAGCUUCAAGUCUUGCGAUCGCAAUACGAGAAGGAGGGUGACUACGUAGGGAUCCAAACAAAGUUCAACUACGCAUGGGGUCUGAUCAAAUCCAACCUCCGACCCGAACAACAAGAAGGUGUCCGUUUACUUUCAGAAAUCUUCCGCGAUGCGCCAGAGCGCCGACGCGAGUGCCUCUACUACCUGGGCCUUGGCAACUUCAAGCUAGGCAACUACGGUGAGGCCCGGCGCUACAACGAUCUACUGCUUGAGAAAGAACCUGCCAACCUGCAGGCCGCCAGCCUUGGGUCCCUCAUUGAUGACAAGGUUGCCAAGGAAGGCCUGAUGGGCAUCGCUAUCGUGGGCGGUUUGGCCGUGGCCGCGGGUGUGGUUGGUAGCCUGGUUUUCAAGGGCGCCCGGAGACGGUAA